AUGUCCCUCGAGGAGCAAGCCUUCGAUCAAGAAAUUGAGGAUGUGGUCAUCGCUGGCAAGCGAGCUUUGCUGAAGCUUCGAAUGCAGCGUGCUGUUGAGAUGCCCGGGAUGAAAACCCACAUGUUCAAAAAGAUCAGAAGGCAGAUCGCCAGGGCUUUGACUAUGAGGCGCCAGCGUGAGAUUGCACGGGGCAUUACUCAAGAGCAAAGCCGGCGCAUGCGCCGCCGCAGACGCUUAGAGCUGAAGGUGAAGUAUGAGGAUGCUUAUGGUGGCGAGCGAAAAGGUCCGAAGUCCCGCCGUUGGCUGCGCCGCAUGGGGCGCAUUGUCUGA